AUGUCUUCCACCAGAUUGGCUGACUUGCCAGCGGCUACUGCUCCGCCUGGAUACACUCAGGACCUGAUCAACCCGCCAGAGACGAAGCAUAUCAAUGCUGGCAUCACGAUUUCAAUCGUUGGUAUGGUCGUGUCGACGUUGUUCAUAAUAUUACGGGUGUAUACAAAAGCACAUCUCGCUCGCAAUUUUGGCGUGGACGAUGUUGCCAUGUUGUUCGCCUGGAUGCUCUCGAUUGGCCUUCAGAUAAUGGUCGUCUGGCUCUGGGCCGUCGAGUACAUUGGCGUACAUAUGUGGAACCUCACGACUGGACAUGUCAAUCUGGCUGUUCUUCUCAUCUCACUCUCCGUGGAGCGAUGGUUCAAAUACGCUGUCUAUGCCGUGAUGGCAUUCAUCAUCAGCUACAGCAUUGCCCUGGGUCUCGCUCUCGUCUUCGCUUGCACGCCGCUGGAUAAGAACUGGGACAUUACGAUUACCGUUGGCUCAUGCGUCAACAAAGGACAACUCUACCUCGCGACUGCUGGCCUUAACGCAGCAACGGAUGUGAUACUCCUUGUAUUACCUAUUCCGAUGAUCAUCAAACUGCACGUUCCAAUCAUUCAGAAGGUUGGGCUGAUCUUGAUGUUUGGCAUUGGAUCACUUACCUUGGUGACCAGCCUCGUCAGACUAUCACUACUUCCACCGAUGGUUACAGCAACAGACACGACUUGGGCCAUCAGCACUCCCGCCAUCUGGAUCUGUAUCGAAGCCAACCUCGUAAUCAUAUGCGGCUGCCUCCCCAUCCUGCGCCUCUUCUUCCGCCACGUCGCUCCACGCUUCAUAGGAGAAUCGUCUGAAACAGUCGCCUCUCACCCAAGUACCUCUCUAGGCAAAAAGCCUAUCCACAGCGUCGCCGAACUGUCCAACCUCGAUAACAAAGAACGACGACAAGCCGCCCAACACCCCUACGACCGCAUGAACGAAUGGGACGACUGGGAAAGAGACAUGGGUGAAGAUGAUGGGUCAGACACGUAUACUAUGGACUCGAGUGGGAGGAUAGUUGCGUGCAAGACGGCGGAGGCGCAGUUGGAGGCGCAAGUACCGCAUCCGCCUAGGAAGAAGAGGUUGUCGGGUUCGCAGCAGAAUCGGCUGAGCGUGCCGACUUGGUUCAGUGCAGACUCGUCUGGAAGCGCUUCUCCAGCGCCGGCUCCCACGUUUGUCAUUGGCCGUAACGAUGACGGGCGGUAUUCGUUGCGGCCGCAUGCGAUGUGA